AUGAACAAGGCUAAAAUGAGCCCGUCAAAAGGAUCGAGGACGAAACAUCCGCUUGUUCCUCUUGCAACCCUGAUUGGUAGGGAGCUUAGGAGCGAGAAAGUAGAGAAACCUUUAGUCAAGUAUGGUCAAGCUGCUCUCGCUAAGAAAGGAGAAGACUACUUUCUGAUCAAAACUGAUUGUGAGAGGGUACCUGGUGAUCCCUCGUCGGCGUUUUCAGUUUUCGGGAUAUUUGAUGGACACAAUGGUAACUCAGCUGCCAUAUAUACUAAGGAACAUCUUCUGGACAAUGUGGUGAGUGCAAUUCCUCAAGGUGCAAGCAGGGAAGAGUGGCUUCAAGCUCUUACUAGGGCUCUAGUUGCAGGCUUUGUCGGUCCACUUCGUUGCUGGCCUGGUGGUCUGUGUCUUUCGAGGUCCAUUGGCGAUACUGAUGUGGGAGAGUUUAUUGUCCCAAUACCACACGUUAAGCAAGUGAAACUUUCAGAUGCUGGAGGGAGACUCAUUAUAGCUUCAGAUGGUAUAUGGGAUAUACUGUCUUCUGAUAUGGCUGCCAAAGCUUGUCGUGGUUUAUCUGCCGAGCUUGCUGCUAAACUUGUUGUUAAGGAAGCAUUGCGAACAAAAGGAUUGAAGGAUGAUACCACGUGCGUAGUUGUUGACAUAGUUCCAUCUGAUCAUCUUGCCUUGGCUCAAACGCCGAAAAAGAAGCAGAACACAUUCACCUCAUUUCUUUCUAGGAAAAAACAUACGGAUACCAACAACAAAAACGGGAACAAGCUUUCUUCUGUUGGAGUUGUAGAAGAAUUGUUUGAAGAAGGUUCUGCUGUGCUUGCAGAUAGAUUGGGAAAGGAUCUUCCUUCGAAUACGGACACCGGGCUCUUAAAAUGUGCGGUGUGCCAAAUAGACCAAUCUCCAGCUGAAGAUGUAUCAGGCAACGAGGGUGCUAUCAUCUCCUCAGCAUCUAAGCGAUGGGAAGGUCCCUUCUUAUGCACAACAUGCAAGAAAAAGAAAGACGCAAUGGAAGGAAAAAGACCAAGCAAAGGUUCAUUACCGGAAGCAUGCGUGGCCAAUAUCCUCUCUUUCACAACUCCGGCCGACACAUUCUCGUCGGCGGCUGUCUCGUCGGUUUUCCGGAUCGCCGGAGACUCUGAUUUCGUCUGGGAGAAGUUUCUACCGUCCGGUUACAGCCGCGUCAUCUCUGGAUCGGCUCAUGAGAGUUUCUCCUCCAAAAAGGAGCUCUAUCGAUGUCUCUGUGAAUCAAUUCUCAUCGAUAACGGCCGAAAGAUUUUCAAGAUCGAAAAGUUUUCCGGGAAAAUAGCUUAUGUUAUAUCGGCAAGAGAUCUUUCCAUAACUUGGAGCGAGCAACGACAUUACUGGUCUUGGGGCCAUCGAUCAGAUUCAAGAUUCUCGGAAGGGGUCCAACUUAUAAUGACGGACUGGUUAGAGAUCAACGGUAAAAUCCAAACCGGAGUUUUAUCGCCCAACACAAAUUACGGAGCUUAUCUGAUUAUGAAAGUGACGGCGCGCGCAUAUGGACUAGACCUUGUUCCGGCCGAGACUUCGAUAAAAGUGGGGAAUGGCGAAAAGAAAACAAAUACAGCUUAUCUAAGUCGCUUGGAUGGCAAGAAACAACAGAUGGAGCGGCUGUUUUACGAACAGAGAAAACAGAGGAUGGCGGAGAAGGACGAGGUUGUCGGAACUCGUCGGAGUGAGCCGGAGGUGCGAGACGACGGGUGGAUGGAGAUAGAGCUCGGAGAGUUCGAGACGGGACAAGAAGGUGAUGAGGAGGUUGUUAUGAGUCUAACCGAAGUUAAAGGCUAUCAACUGAAGGGUGGGAUUGCAAUUGAUGGGAUUGAAGUAAGGCCUAAACCCCUAAAAGGUGAGGGACUAACUAAACAUGAGUGCCAAAUUUUGGAAUUAAGCUGAUCAUUGUGUUUAGUUUGGGACAAAAUUUGAUAGAUGAGAGAAUAUAUAUGUAAAUGCAUAAUAAUGUAAUAAUAUCGUUGGAGAUAACUGCAAAAAUUUAUGCAUUUAGACCACGAUUUUCGCAUGGCAAACUAUCGUAACAUAUAGCGGUUUGUUGUUGACA